CGCUAUGGCCGCCGCCGCAGUCUCCGCUGCAGAUUCAUGUGUCCGGAAAAGACAUCCGGUGUACCGGGGAAUCCGGUGCCGGAGCGGGAAGUGGGUCUCCGAGAUUCGUGAGCCCAAGAAAACGACUAGAAUCUGGCUCGGGACUUAUCCCACGGCGGAGAUGGCCGCCACGGCCUACGACGUCGCGGCUCUUGCCCUCAAAGGCGGCGAAGCUGUCUUGAACUUCCCGGAAUCUGCCACGUCAUCCCCCGUCCCGGGCUCCUCCUCCGCGGCGGAUAUAAGGAUCGCGGCGGCUGCGGCGGCGGCCUCGGCUGUGGUGAAGAAGGAGGAAGGGAAAAGUGGGUUGGCGUCUCCGGCAGCGCGUGAGAGUCACGGAGGUGGUGACCAGGCGGCGGGUCCGGGGACGGAGUUUGUGGACGAAGAAGCUAUCUUGAACAUGCACAAUUUGCUCGCUGACAUGGCGGAGGGGAUGCUGGUUCCGCCACCGUGGAUGGUUUCUCCUCCGUCGGAUGACUCGCCGGAGAAUUCGGACGGUGGAGACAGUUUGUGGAGCUAUUGAUCAGUUCUUGUCGACUCUCUCUCUCUAUAUACAUAUACAUAUACAUAUAUACGUAUGUAUGUGCGACCAUCGAUCUUUCUCUUUUGCCUGUUUGAGGAGACCAAUUCCAUAUAUAUGAACGUCUUUUUUUUGGU